AUGGCCACAACUACAAUGGUGGUAUCACCGUUAGCUACCCAGCCCUCUCCUAAAAACAAGAGGAGACUCUUCGCUGAAGCCCGGCAGAACAGCCUCCAAAAGUUGAGCGUCAUUUUUGACCAUGGAAAUAAAAACGACAAGGGCGAAUCGGAUACGGGAAUCGGAAAUAAGUCGAAGAUGUUUUAUCGUUCGAACUCCGACGGCAAUGGUGGGGAGACCACAUGGUGUUUCAGUCAGGUCAAGGGCACCUUGGAGGACGACGUGACCGAGGCCGAUCUGAUAUCGUGCGUCGAGUUCAACCACGACGGCGAGCUUCUCGCGACCGGCGACAAGGGCGGCAGGGUUGUCAUAUUUCAGAGGGACCCAGCAUCGAAGCAAUGCGUACCAAAGAAGGGCGAGUACAACGUAUACUCGACCUUCCAAUCCCACGAGCCCGAGUUCGACUACUUGAAGUCGCUCGAGAUAGAGGAGAAGAUCAACAAGAUACGGUGGCUGAAGAGGAAGAACCAGGCCCACUUCCUCCUGUCCACCAAUGACAAGACGAUCAAGCUAUGGAAGGUGUCGGAGCGGGACAAGCGCGUGACCGGCUACAACACGCGCGAGGAGGGCGGCCGGCCGAGGCAUCCGUCGCGCGUGACGCAGCUGCGCGUGCCCACCGUGCGCCCCGCCGAGCUGAUGGUCGAGGCCUCGCCCAGGCGGAUCUUCGCGAACGCGCACACAUACCACAUAAACUCGAUCUCGCUGAAUUCGGACCAGGAGACCUACCUCUCCGCCGACGACCUUCGGAUCAACCUAUGGCAUCUCGAGAUCACCGACCAGAGCUUCAACAUCGUCGACAUAAAGCCCGCCAACAUGGAGGAACUCACCGAGGUUAUAACCGCAGCAGAGUUCCACCCGACUGAAUGCAAUCUCUUUGUAUAUUCUAGUAGUAAGGGUACAAUAAGGCUGUGCGACAUGCGCGCCGCGGCGCUAUGCGACCGGCACGCCAAGCUGUUCGAGGAGCCCGAGGACCCCCACGCGCGCUCCUUCUUCUCCGAGAUCAUAUCAUCGAUCAGCGACGUCAAGCUGAGCAACUCUGGCAGAUAUAUGAUGUCUAGAGAUUAUUUAGGUUUAAAAGUAUGGGAUCUUAGAAUGGAAACAAAACCUGUAGAAACAUAUCCAGUGCAUGAGUAUCUACGCUCGAAGUUGUGUUCUCUGUAUGAAAAUGAUUGCAUAUUCGAUAAGUUUGAAUGCUGCUGGAGCGGUGAUGACCAGAGAUUGAUGACCGGCUCUUACAACGGAUUCUUCAGGAUAUUCGAGCGGGGCGGUGCGGGGGCGGGGGGCGCCGGUGGCGGGGGGGCGGGUGCGGGGGGAGCGGCGGGCGCGCGGCGCGGCGAGCUCACUCUGGAGGCGUCGCGCGAGGCGGCCGCACGCCCCAGGCAGCCGCUGCGGGCGCGCCGCGUCGCCGCCACCGCCAAGAGGAAGAAGGACGAGAUAAGUGUGGACUGCCUGGACUUCAACAAGAAGAUACUGCACACCGCUUGGCAUCCGCACGAGAGCAUAAUCGCCGUGGCAGCAACCAACAACCUGUUCAUAUUCCAGGACAAGUUC